AUGGCUACCCUCGAUGUCGAGGCCUUGCUCGAUGCUACUGCCAGCAGCAAGAACGAGGCCAAGGAGACUCGACCUAAGGAGCUCGAUGACCGCGUGAAAUCCGACCGAAGCGAUCGCCGAGAUCGGGAGCGUAGCCCCGGCCGGAAACGCGACCGCAGCGGCGAUCGUGGACGACGUGAUCGUGGCGAUGACGGAGAAGCUACUCCGCGAAGUGACGCCGGUAGCCACAAGAGUAGGCGCAGAAGCCGGAGCCGUGAUGAUGAUCGUCGCCACUCACGUCGUCAUAGAGGAGGUGAUGGGGACUACUAUCGCAGUGGCGGCCGCGGCGGCCGCGAUCGCUCUCGUUCGCGCUCCCCACGCCGGCACUACCGCCCGAGAGACGACCACCGCGACCGCGACCGCGAUGAUCGCGGUCACUACCGAAGUAGGGAUGACGACCGGCAUCGAGGCGGACGUACGCCGAAACGUGAUGCUACACCUCAACUGACAGAAGACGAGCGAGAUCGCCGUACCGUAUUCGUCCAGCAGCUGGCUGCUCGCCUUCGUACCAAGGACUUGAAGGAGUUCUUUGAGAAGGUUGGCCCUGUUAACGAGGCCCAGAUCGUCAAGGAUCGUAUCAGUGGGAGAUCUAAAGGAGUCGGUUACGUUGAAUUUAAGAACGAGGAAUCCGUCACUGCUGCUCUCCAGCUUACAGGUCAAAAGCUCCUAGGUAUCCCGGUCAUCGUGCAGCUUACCGAAGCCGAGAAGAACCGCCAGGUCCGAAACACCGAGGGCACUGGCUCCCAUGCAAACUCCAUCCCCUUCCACCGCCUAUACGUCGGGAACAUUCAUUUCAGCAUCACCGAGCAGGAUCUCCAAAAUGUGUUCGAGCCUUUUGGCGAACUCGAGUUUGUCCAGCUCCAGAAAGACGACAACGGUCGCAGCCGCGGUUAUGGGUUUGUACAAUUCCGUGAGGCUGACCAAGCUCGUGAAGCGCUCGAGAAGAUGAACGGGUUCGACCUUGCCGGUCGUCCGAUCCGGGUUGGUCUUGGUAACGAUAAGUUUACCCCCGAGUCAACUGCCAAUCUCCUACAGAGGUUCCAGGGCCAAAACCAACCAUACCAGGGAUCCGCGUUUUCCGGUGCUGGCGGACGAGGUCCCCAAGCGUCUGGGUUCGACCGGGCCGGCGGUCGUGACAAUGAUAAAGCAACCGGCGCCAGCGCUCUGGAUGACACUGACGUCGCUGGCGUGAAUUUUAACAACUAUAGUCGCGACGCGUUAAUGCGAAAGCUUGCCCGAACCGACGAGGCGCCCAACGGAAAUCGCGACGAGAGGCAGGUCCUGAAGCCCAAGACUGAAACUAAGCCGCUCCCCGUCAACGUCAACAUGGCUAGCCGCUGCGUCGUCCUGCACAACAUGUUUGAUCCAGCUGAGGAAGAAGGUGAACAAUGGGUUAAGGAAUUGGAGGAUGACGUUCGACAGGAAGCCGAAGAGAAAUACGGCCACGUGGUCCAUAUUUCCCUCGACCCGAAUUCGCAAGGCGAUAUCUACCUCAAAUUUGACAAGGUCCAGGGAGGCGAGAACGCCAUCAAGGGCCUGAACGGACGCUAUUUCGGUGGACGCAUGAUCAGCGCUGCGCCUGUUGUGGAUGCCGUCUACAGCAGUUUGUUCUCUCGCACCAAGGCUAUCUGA